GAUACUGAUGUCAAUUUGCACUAUAUGAUGCUGCAAUAUCUGCCAUAAGCUUGGAACAUAUCGCCACUCAAAUAAUUCAUCGUGAGCUACAUUCGCGGUUAUGGCACCUAUUCCAAAGCAAAUGAAGGCAAUCCAGGUGACAGAAUUCAACAAGCCAUACUGUUUGAUGACAGUUUCCGUUCUUUCGGAUUUAUGGCCUUACGAUCUCCUCGUCAAAGUUGCAGUGGCUUCAUACUGCCAUGCUGAUUCUAUGGUAGCCUCUGGAAUAUUUGGCACCGAAAUUUCUUCAACGGCAUCUCAUAUAGAAUCCGGAACCGUUAUACUCAUAGGGUCCAAUGUCUCCGAUUUUGCGCUCGGUGAUCGCGUGAUGUGCGGGCUACCGCUGCAUCGUUGCGGUGCGUGUGCCAUGACUGCUUGGGACCUGAAGAGAGUACUCGGCAGUACUGUGCUAGCCUGGACGGCCAUAUCGGAGUGCAGGUUAACGGCUGCUUUGCUGAGUAUGUCCAGGUCGAUUCCAGACACACGACAUUAUUGCCACAUGGGGUUGGUUUCCUAUCUGCGGCACCAUUGGCUUGUGCGGGCCGAACGGUAUGGCGGAGUGUUUAGGCUUUAAUAUAAGCUGGAGGCAGGUUAAGUUGUUAAAUAUCCUAGAAAAGAAAUCACUUGGUCUUUACUCUAGCGCCGCGACGAAAAGGGCGGAGUGCCAGGGCUAUACUAGUCGACUAAAACAGCUUAUUUUAG